CUCCUACUCCUCUAUCACGUACACUUUCAAUGGCGUCCUCGUCGACAGACUUCAAAGUGCCUUUCAUUAAGAAGGGGAAGUCGCGGCCAGCUACAGCCAGGAAACGGUCGGCGUCUCCGCCCGCGUCAGUGCUUACCAUCUCAGGUCCUUCGUCAUCGCUAGAAAAAUCCUCGGUCGUCCUGCCUUCUCGUAAAUCUGGGGCCAGUCUGCUUAGCGCUGGCACCAAACGGACAGUCUCGCAGAGGAACGACGACGACGCAGGAGGCGAGAGAGAGAAAGACGGUCCGGACGUGAAGUGGACCGCUGCUGGUUCUCAUGUGAACGCUGCUUUGGAUAUUCUCGCGGGAGAUGAGGCUGAGGAGCUGCUCGCGAAACGGAGGAAGCAAGAAAAGCGCGAAAGAGGCGAUGAAGACGACGACGUGCCGGAUGACGGCCUGUAUCGAGGUCAGAAGGCUUAUAAGCAGCACCUGAAGAAAAGUCAAGAUGUUCCGAAAGCUAUGAGAGUCGGACCCCAACGGAAUACGAGCAGUACAAUCAGGACUGUGACCAUAACUGAUUAUCAGCCCGAUGUCUGCAAGGACUACAAAGAGACGGGUUACUGCGGGUUCGGCGACACUUGCAAGUUCUUGCAUGACCGGGGAACGUACCUCGCUGGAUGGCAACUCGACAAGCUCGCCGAGAACCCAAGAAAACAAGUCGAGGAUGUCUCCGACGACUCCGACUCGGACGAAGACAUACCCUUCGCCUGUCUGAUCUGUCGCAAACACUAUACAGACCCUGUUGUCACACGCUGCGGUCACUACUUCUGUUCUGCGUGUGCCAUAAAACGCUAUGCCAAGACACCGAAGUGUGCCGCCUGCGCCUCGCCGACGGCAGGUAUAUUCAAUAGGGCGGACAAGGUGAUAGACAAACUCAGGAAAAAGGAAGAAGCGCAGAAACAAGAAGACGCGGAGGACCCCAGCAACGAAACAUCAGUGGCUAUCGAGGGGCUUGGAAAUGAUAGUGGCGGCGAUAAUGACGAUACCGAGGAUGAUGACGAUGAGUGAUCCCAAUUCAUGCUAUAAUUCACGUAUGCUUGCUGUGUAAUAUUAGGCCUACAUGCUUCUGCACGGCUACGUGCAUAUCUGAGUGGCAGGUACGACUUGGCAAUGUGGUUCGGCCCUUGGAUAUCAUCGUUCUGAUCUGCGACCUGUCCCGCUGUCGACGGCCGCCGGUGUAUG